GGACAGGUUCGUCUGACUCCAGUAACUUCAAUCUAGACGUUGUAUUUAUAAUAAAGUGUUCAUUGACUACAUAUAAAACAUUAAGUUAGAACAUAUUAACUUAAAAAAGAUAGCAUCCCGAACUCAUAAGCUUCAAAUAUUGACCACCGCUAUGUUGGAAUGUGCUUUCUAACAUCCUAUUCAUUAGUGAAAGUUACAUGUAGCAAUGAAGAGAUAAGAUUAAUCCUAAUUCACUGCUGUCCAAGAAAGACACAUUAGCAUGAUGUUUUAGAUAGGAAGACACAUUGUGGUUAGAGUUUUGAGGUUCUUGAAAUUCUUGGAAAAAUGUCAAGUGGUGGUUCUACUAUAGUAUGGUUUAGGAGGGAUCUAAGGUUGGAAGAUAAUCCUGCACUUGCUGCUGGAGUUAGAGCAGGACAAGUAAUUGCAGUGUUUAUAUGGGCACCUGAAGAAGAAGGAUAUUACUGUCCUGGAAGGGUGUCAAGAUGGUGGAUUAAGCAAAGUUUGGCUCAUCUUGAUUCCUCUUUGAAGAAACUUGGCACUUCCCUCAUUACAAAGAGAUCUACUGAUAGUAUUUCUUCUCUUCUUGAUGUUGUGAAAUCUACUGGUGCAACUAGAGUCUUUUUCAAUCAUUUGUAUGAUCCAAUAUCACUUGUCAGGGAUAAUCGCGCAAAGGAAACCUUAUCAGCUGAAGGUGUAUCUGUGCGUUCCUUCAAUGCUGACUUGCUAUAUGAACCAUGGGAAGUCGUCGAUGAUGUAGAUCGCCCAUUCAACACAUUUUCUGAUUUCUGGGACAGAUGCCUUACCAUGCCUUAUGAUCCUGAAGCUCCACUUCUUCCACCUAAAAGGAUAAUAUCUGGUGAUGCAUCAAGAUGUUCUUCAGACAACGUGGUGUUUGAGAGUGAAUCAGAGAAAGGAAGCAAUGCGCUUCUUGCUCGAGCGUGGUCCCCUGGUUGGAGUAAUGCUGAUAAAGCAUUAACUACUUUCAUUAACGGACCAUUAAUCGAGUACUCCAAGAACCGUAAGAAAGCUGAUAGUGCAACAACCUCAUUUCUGUCACCGUGUUUACAUUUUGGUGAAGUCAGUGUUCGUAAGGUAUUCCAUCGUAUUCGUACCAAGCAAACUCUGUGGGCCAAUGAAGGAAACAAAGCAGGUGAAGAGAGUGUCAACCUGUUCCUCAAGUCCAUUGGCCUUAGGGAGUUCUCAAGAUACAUGAGCUUUUAUCAUCCUUACACUCAUGAAAGGCCAUUGCUUGGUCACCUGAAGUACUUUCCUUGGUUAGUAGACGAGGGUUAUUUUAAGGCGUGGAGGCAAGGUAGAACAGGUUAUCCUUUGGUUGAUGCAGGUAUGAGAGAGCUUUGGGCCACUGGCUGGCUACACGAUCGCAUUCGAGUUGUUGUGUCUAGUUUUUCUGUUAAGGUUCUGCAGCUUCCAUGGACAUGGGGAAUGAAGUAUUUCUGGGACACAUUGUUAGAUGCUGAUCUUGAGAGUGAUGCUCUUGGUUGGCAGUUUAUUACCGGUACCUUACCUGAUGGUUGCGAGUUCCUUGGAAUUGAUAAUCCACAGUUUGAGGGAUACAAUAUCGAUCCUAAUGGGGAAUAUGUUCGGCGAUGGCUUCCUGAACUUGCUAGGCUGCCGACUGAAUGGAUACACCACCCUUGGGAUGCACCAGAAUCUGUACUUCAAGCUGCUGGCAUUGAGCUUGGUUCCAAUUAUCCGCUUCCCAUUGUUGAAAUCGAUGCAGCAAAAGAAAGACUAGAAGAAGCGCUGUCGCAAAUGUGGCAGCUUGAAGCAGCUUCAAGAGCUGCUAUUGAGAAUGGAAUGGACGAAGGACAUGGAGACUCCACUGAGUUUGUCCCAAUAGCUUUUCCUCAGGCCAUGCAGAUGGAAAUGGAACGUGAAGUACCAGUCAGGAACAAUCCUAUUCGACGUUAUGAAGAUCAGAUUGUUCCUAGCAUGUCAUCUUCCUUUUUUAGAACUGAAGAUGAAGAAACCUCUGUGGAUAUUAGAAAUUCUGUCGUAGAUAGUAGAGCGGAAGUUCCAUAAUAUCGAUGUAAAUCAAGAACCAACGAGAGAAGUACACUUGAUCAAGGCAUUAAGCAAGCUGUUGGAAGCAACACUAGUCUACAUUUUAAUUUUGUGGUAAGUAGCAGGAACUUUGAAGAUUCAACAGCAGAAUCUUUAAGUAGUAGUCCGAGGGAUGGGGGUGUAGGUCCUGACUCCUUUAUGGCGAAGACUGUUGGGCUAAACCAGUACUCUUAACAUGGAGUGAUAUUGUUUGCAUUGGUUCAAACUGACAUGGUUUUUUCCAAAAAGCCUCACACUAUUAAGAGUAUCCCUACUCCUUAUAUGUAGCUUCCUUUCUUAUCAACUUCCAAUAUGGGACUUUGUUGGCACACUCAACAAAGACAAACUACUCGGAUCAAUUUACUGGUGCUGAAAAUGAUAUAAGGACCAGUUCGUCUUAGUUGCAAAGGCAUCCAGUCUCAAGGCAGCUUUGGCAGACAUGGUAAGCAAAUUAUGAAUAAAUACCCUACAAAUAGAUAAGAGGAGGAAAUAAGAGAAUACUUUUAUGCUGGACUUCAACAUCCUAGAUUGUACAUGGGUAGGUACUAUUACAUUUACACAGAACAACAUGAGUACCCUAUUGGUUAUGUUCAAAUUUGAUGAUUGGUAAUCUUGCCAUGAGUGCCUGUACUAUUUCCAAAUUGGAUCAUCUUUCCCUCUGUGAGACCUUAGGUUGAGAAGAUGCAUUAUUAGUAUGAGUUAGUUUCAGAGAAUGUUGAUACUUCAUGAACUUUCUUAACCUGUGAUUUAUGCACUUGCAAACAGGUAUUAUAUUUGUUGUUAUAACUACAAUGUGGCUGGUGUUCAUUUGGAUUAUGAACCAGCACAUUUUUAGGGGAUCAUAUGAACCAGCACAUUUUUAGGGGAUCAAUCUUUACCUGCUGCUUUUUCUCAUAGGUGGACAUUAUCAGCUGUAAAUUUGUCUAUAACCUCUAAUUGGAUGAGGUGAUAUGUCUGGAUUUUCUAUCUCAUUUUUAUUGCACUUCCUACCCCCAUUAAUAGUGGUGUGUUUCGGCUGUAUAGUAUAGAUGUUUUCCUUGUCAAUAAUUAUCAUAAGGGGUUGAAGUCC